AUGAGUGAAGGAGCCGGAGCCGGUACAGGAACAGGAACAGGUGCCAGCAACGCCACAAGACGUUCGAGACCGAGAAGACGGCCGGAUAACAGAAACAAGAAGCAACAACCAGAAGGAGCAGCUUCCACUGAAAAGCCCACCAAGAAAAAUAACCGAAAUCAGAAACGAUCUACCGCAAAGUCAACCAAGAAGAAAGAUGUAAGACAUGAUUACCGGUAUUUGGAGAUUGUGAAGCUCAUGAAGUUCUACAAGCCGUUGACCAUCAACGGCGUUUCAGUGAAGAGUAUUAUAGAGAAGGCAGAAGAGGCAGCAAAGAUGGAGGAGGCCACUAAGGUGGAAGAGAAGGAGACUACCAAUGAGGAAGUUCUUGAUGAAACUGACUCAAAUAUAGAAGAGGAGAAGACCAAGGAGACGAUCAAGAAAUCACAUAAGACCACGACUCUCCCACCUAAUGCACUUCAUAACCAUAUAGCCAAACUUAUCACAGAAGGUAGUCCAAUCUAUCUCCUGUUGAUGUUCAAACCAGCCGACCCAGACUUCCCAUAUGACUUGGAUAUGCUUAGACUCAGUCUCUGUGUACCUCCAAAGUACCCCUAUGACACGCUGAUUCAACCAUCCGUGUUUGUUCUCAAUGACGACAUCCCUAGAGGAUUCGCGGUGAAUAUUGAAAUAGGGUUCAGGGAUAUCACCAUGCUUGCCCUGGGACGUACUCAACAGGACCCAGAGGCAGAAGAGUCGAUUCAACUCGCCAAGGGUAGAGGUCUUCUCUCACAAAUUCAAACUUUGGAUAGAAAUUUGGAGUAUUUUUUGAAACAAGAAAGAAAGGAAACCAUCAAAAUUGUCAAGAAAAAGAAGAAGACAAAGAGUGAAAAUGUAUCAGAAAAUUCGUCACCAGCCCCACAAUCCCCCAAGCCUGUUACAACAACCCCAACGCCGCCAAAACAAAUCCAUAAGCCAAUCCCUCUGAUGAAUCCAGAAAGACAGGCCCUCUUGGACGAUAUGAUAUCUAAAUUACCAUGUAAAUUGUUCUCCAAGAAUAACAUUGAAAAUGUGUAUAGAAUGGAAUUACCCGCUGUCAUCACGCAUAACACUAGCCCACCAACGGCAUGGGUCAACAACAAAGUUCUUGAUGUGAGAUUGCACAUACCAGUCGAAUAUCCACAAGAACGCGCAUGGAUAUCAGUACCAGCCCAGAUGUUGAAUAAAAUCUCUAGAAUGCCGGCACCUGAUACAUGUACCCCUACAGAACUAGCAGACAGUGCACAAAAGGCUCUCAAGGAGAGACUUCUUUUGGUAAAGGCUGCGAAACUGUUGGAAAAGAACUUUCGCAACAUCCCCGACUAUCUCAAAAGUGCCCAUGGGAAUCUUGUCACUUUGUUAAACUUUGCGUCUACUCACUUGGGUGUGUUAUGCUUAGAAGAAAAGGAAUGUAGAAGCGUUAUCACAAUGUUAAGUUCAUAG